AAACAAAUUAUCGUCCGGGGAAAGAGGUGCGCUAAUCCUCCAGUAACCACCUUUUAUUAAGUGAUGUGGCAAGUUCUUUCUAGUUACUGAUAAAACAUUUCAGAAGAGCAAACAUGGUUUUUCUCUAUAUUCUGAUUAUCUUAUGCUCGGGCUCCAUACCAUGUGGUGCUCGGUCCUUAGAAAAUGGUACAAAUGGCGAGGAGUCGCUGUGGGGGAAUUUAAGACUUCCGAAAUCAGUUAUUCCUCUCGUAUACGACAUCUUUCUACACCCGAAUCUCACAGCAGCGGAAUACUCAGGCAGAGUGAAAAUCAAAUGUCAAGUUCGUAAUGCCACUAAUUUUAUCGUCCUACAUUCCAAAGACUUGGUCAUUUCUGGAGUGAAGCUGACAACUUUGCCUUCCAAUGAAUUACACAAACUACGGAGACAGACAACGGUUGUACACUAUGAUCAACUGUACUUUGAAGUUGAAAAUGAUAUUCCGUCGGAUACAGAAAUUUUGAUCACAAUUGAUUUUUAUGGACGUCUUUUGAAUGGCGAUGGAAAUGGAUUCUAUAUAACUGAAUAUUUCAACAAUAAACAUGAAACAGGAAUGAUGGCAUCUACCCAGUUCGAACCAAUUUCUGCCCGACGAGCAUUUCCCUGCUUCGACGAGCCGGAUAUGAAGGCCAAUUUUUCGAUGUCGAUAGUUCGGGACAAAGACUACUUAUCGCUCUUCAACAUGCCACUUGUACAUUCCAUGCCAUUCGGAGAAAAUCUAAUGCUAGACACAUUCCAACAAAGCGUCAAAAUGAGCACAUACUUGGUGGCUUUUGCGAUUUGUGACUUCGCAUCCCUGUCAAACCAGACCAAAACCGGCAUGAAUGUGACAGUGUAUGCCUCUCGAGAUAAGAUAAAAGAAGCCGACUACGCCCUGAGAGUGGCUAGUAAAGUGUUCGAUUACUUCAGCGGUCUGUUUGACGUGCCUUAUCCACUGCCCAAACUAGAUAUUAUCACGGUCCCCUCUCUUGGAUUUGGUGGUAUGGAAAACUGGGGCUUAAUCACAGGUUUACCCAGUUAUGUAUUGUACAAUCCAGCUAAAGCCUCGUAUCGGACGAAAUUUCGGAUAACCAGUUUGGUGACACACGAACUUGCUCACCAGUGGUUUGGUAACAUUGUUACCAUGAAGUGGUGGAAUGACAUUUGGCUGAACGAGGGAUUCGCUACCUUCAUGACAUUCAAGGGACUUCAGGCAGUGAACGCUAUCUGGACUUUGGAAAAUGAGUUUACCGCCAGGAUAAGGUCUAUGGGAUGCGAAGAUUUCAAAACGCCUCCUUCAUUAGUACAACCAAUCUCAAAUCCAGAAACUGCACUGUUUGGCUGUACUACGUAUUCAAAGGGAGCCUCUCUUCUGCGCAUGCUAGAAAGUUUACUUGGCGAAACUGUUUUCGACAUUGGAAUAAAAUCUUAUCUGAAGAAAAACCUAUUCGGUAGCGUGGUGACUGAUGAUCUCUGGCAAGCUUUAUCGAACUCAUCAAAAGAUAGAUUAGAUGUAAAGUCUGUCAUGGAGACAUGGGUCAGUGAAGCAGGUUACCCUGUCGUCACGGUCACCCGACAAGAUGCAAAAGUCCACAUUUCACAGCAAAGAUUUUCCUUCUUCAACAACCAAGACUUCCAAUCAGGAAUCAAAUGGAACAUCCCCUUUGUCUAUGGCGUCUUGGGUUGUGAUGGAAAGAUGACGUACAACACCGCUUGGCUGAAGGACAGGCCAGAAACUAUUACCAUAAGAUCCGAUGACAAACUAGUAAAAGGGAACUAUGGAGAGAGUGGGUAUUAUAGAGUGAACUAUGAUACUGAAACAUGGAAAGCUAUAACAGAACAGCUCAUCAGCAAUCAUCAGAUCUUCUCACAAGGAGACAGAGCUCAUUUACUGAAUGAUGCCUUUGCCUUUGCAGGCUCUGGACUUGUAAACAUGACUCUGCCUUUGGAAUUGACAAAAUACUUGGAGAAUGAAGAUGCUUAUCUCCCUUGGUACUCCGUUGCUCUCUGUGGGAAAUUUCUGCACAAUAAACGAAAUACAACAGAGUUUUAUCUGCUCAAGAUACAGCUUUGCAAUAUAACAACGAAAAAGCAUGGGGAGAUGACUAGUUGUGGCAAGAAUGAAGAUUUCUCCACUGCUCGCCUUUGUGAACAACUGGAUCAGAUUAGACGGCGCUUCUGUCCUACGAAAGCUUCCAAGAAAUCCAAAAGAUAUCUUCAUCAGCGGGCGAGGAACAAAGAGAAAAUUGAGCAGGAAGUGCUCACCAACUUGAUUGAUGAUGGUCUGGGAUAUGUAAAUGAAAGAGAAUGGCCAUUCUAAUUGCAUCGAUUCCUUGUCAAUGAUCCAAAAUGUUGUGUAAUCCAAAUACGGAAAGGGACAUACAUGGUCGCUAAAUGUUUUUGCAAACAUAUAAAUAUUUUUUCUGUA